AGAAGCAGAAAGAAUCCCGCACAACUGCAGCCAAAAAGCAUCAGCAGCACAGAAACGGAGUGCGUGAAAUAAAAGCCGCGUCAAAUUAAUCGUUCGUGCGACCCGCCGUAGAUUAUUGUUGUGAUUCCGUGUUCCGAACGGGUAAAUCUUCGAUUUCCGGUAAACCCCAAACGGAUUCAAACUGCCGCGCAUACGGGAAACACCCGGGGAGGGUGAAAGCAGCAAGCUGAAAAGCGAACGCCGCAACUAUCAGCAGCAGGAUGACGAUGACGCUUUCCUGAACCAGAACAGUAGUUCCGUUGGCUGGACGCCGGGCAAGGAGGGCAGCAGGGCACGGGCCCGAGGCAAGCUCAAUUUUGGAAUGGACCGGGUUAGCUUCCUGCAGGAUCUGCUGCAGUUCAAUGAGAAGAGCGGAACCCCAAUCGUGCGGAUGCCGAAAAUCGGCAGCCACGAUGUGGAUUUGCAUCGGCUGUACUCGACGGUCAUUUCCCGCGGUGGCUGGCUCAAGGUUAACAGCCGGGAAGACUGGGACGAGGUGAUCGAGGAGAUGAAACUGCCGAAGCAUUGCGUGAACAAUGAAAUUGCGCUGAAGCAGAUCUACAUCCGUUAUUUGGAUCGUUAUGAGCGUGUGAACUUCCACGGGGAGGAUAAGGACCCGAUCGAAGAGGACGACGAUGAGAAAAGACACAACAGACGUUGGUCCGCUAGGAUGUUGCACGCCAUUCCCGCGGUUUACAAUCACGGGCAGCAUCAUGUUCCGGAGGGGAAUAGGGCGCAGCUUAGUUUGUGCGGGGAUUUGUACAAACCGAGUGAAUAUGAAAAGCUGAUGAUGUCACUGCUCUCGCCGUUACCGAACGAGCAGGACUUUGCGAUCAACGUGUGCACUCUGAUGUCCAAUGAAAGUAAACACACGCUGAAGGUGGAUAAAUGUCCCAAGCUAAUAUCGAUUCUAUUGGGUCAUGCAGGAGUAUUCAGUCACUUUACGAUGCGGGACAUUUUCCAGGAGUAUUAUGCCAAUAUCAGAAAGAAUUCGUUGCAACGAUUCUGGAAGAAUUGUUUGUACCAGAAUUUGCCGGUUUUGGAACUGUCGUAUGCUGAUUGCUUCCAGAAGUUUGAUCGCGAUCCUACAGAGUUGAUUAAGAAUGUUUAUGGAGAUGGUUCGAGGAAGGAUGUAGAUGAAGAAGAUGUUGGAAAAUUGGAUUCUGAGACGUUGAUGGAUUUCCUUAGUUUGGGUACAGGACUCGGUACGAACGACUACAUUGGGCAACGGGUGUUGCAGAUCGCGUCGAUAUUCAGGAACUUGAGUUUUAACGAUGAAAAUAUUGCUGUUUUGGGUAGUAAUCGAGCAUUUCUCCGGUUUCUUAUAAUGUGUGCUAAUGCCCAGUGGAACAAUUUGCAGCAUAUGGGUUUGGACAUGUUAGGAAACGUAGCCUCAGAAGUGGACAUCUAUGAUGCUCAGUCGGAUGAUGUUACGAGAUGUUUGUUAUCCACUGUCCAAGAAGGUUUAGAAGGAGAAGACAGAGGCAUCAUAAUUGGAUGCUUGGAAGUACUAAGUAAAAUCGCCCAGAGAGAAACCAAUGAAGAUAAUUUAAACAGAUACCUGAAUCAAAAGGUCUACGAUCAAAUAUGCUUGUUCUUAUCACUUCGGGAUAUUAUGUUGCUGUUGUAUUCUCUGGAGUGUAUUUACUCCUUGACAUCAAUGGGGGAGAAACCAUGCAAUGCGAUCAUGCAUGUCACCGGUAUAAUUGACACCCUGGUUUCUUUUAUAACGGUAGAAGCUCAGAGCUAUGGACCAGAUGCUUGCAUUCUGAUGCGGGUUGUGGAGACAAUUCCAGGGAAUCUGGCAGGUUUUCCACCAGGAAACCAUGUUCAAACUGGAGGCCAAGUUGUUCCUCCGGUAGCUCCCAGUAUGACUCAACUGACAGUGCAACCUAAGGAGCAGUCUCCGGUUCCAACGCCAAGCAUCCCGGACAUUCCUAAGCUUCCCACAAAAGCGACUACAUUUCACCAUAACGUUCCACCUUCCGGUGCACCCAACACCAUUCAAAUAACAAGUGUAACACGCCCUGCAGCUUCAAAUUCACCUCAGAUACCGGUCAACAUUAUCAGCCGUAACGACCCAAACGCAGCAUUGGCUUCUAAAAACCUGGCAUCUACAAGUUCUGUUCAACCGUCCAGUUUGCCUUCUUCGCCAGCGACUCCUUCCGGUCCAGUAACCGUAGCCGCAAAGCACGCCCAGCAGCAACAAUCCCAGGAGAAUGAACAAUUUGCCUACGCCUGGCUAAGAGCUACAUUUGAAACUGCGCCUUCAAUGAACAGCCGUAUCGAGCAGCACGAAGUGUACAAGCAAUACCUUGCGGCCAACUCCAAGAUCGGACGUAAGGCGGUCAUGCCUCAGGUUCAUUUCCAACGUUGCGUAAGAACUGUCUUCGGUGGCACGGUUGGCCCUACGAUGGUGAAAGGCAACGAGAGCAAUCAGUUCUUCUAUGAGGGUAUUCGCUUGAGGGCUAAAACGUCUGCAACCGUAGUAAACAGCACGGCUGGAAAAACAUCGGACGGCGCACCAUCGACUCCAGUUAGGCCGUUGCCGAAACCAAUAAAACCGCAACUGGCCGGAGGAGGACUUGAUUCAGCGAACUCCAGCUCCGGACAGCCACCCCGUUUCAUGACCCAGAUCAUCAACAAAGCUGUGAUGACAAACAAGGCGAACGUUGAACAGCAGAAUCAGUUUUCACAAGCAAACGAACAGAAGGUGAUCAUUCUCAAUCAAACCACCAUAUCACCGCAACCGGGCGGAACUUCAGCGGCGGCUGCGACAACUUCGCAAUCUCAGCAGCAUCAGCAGACGACCGGAACCACCACCAUCAUGAAUCAAUCCGGCACGAUCACCUCGACGACGUCAAAUCCUUCGGCCCUGAUCAAGAGCUUACUCGCCAAUAAGGUAACCACGACGACGACGAUGACGACAACCGGUGGCAAUAAUGAGCAGCAGUAUGUUGCCAGCAGCAGCAGCAGCUCGGUUGGCAACUUCGUCGUUUCGUCCUCCGUUGCCAGUAGUUUGUCGUCUACCACUACUUCUACUACCAGUUUGAUUGCAUCGAAUGUUAACGUGCAUCAGGUUGCUCAACGGCAGCAAAUGUUGAAACAGAAACAACGUGCAGCGGUUCCAUCGUCAGCUGGCAAAAAUAUGGUCGUUACUAGCAAUAACCCUAGUAGUAUCAAGGUUGGAAACUCCACCAUUUCGAUCAAACCAGGGACACUUCCCAGCAAUACCGUGAUCACGGCAGCAAGUCCACAGGAAUCUAGCGUGGAUGGGCAGUUGAAUCCACCUCCGUUGGCACCGCUCAGCCAAGCAGGUGGAUCUAUGGUUAAAACGAAUAAAAUGCUGGCCGACUUAAUCGAGAAAAAAUCAGGUGAUAAUUCAGUUUUCGCGAUUGGUGAAACAACGGUUAAGCGGAAGAGUGAAGUAGACCUUUCGGAACCACCAUCUAAAAAAAUUGAAAUUAUGGAAACAGACGACAUUAAGGUUACUCCGAAAGCGGCUGAUUUGUACGCUGAGUUGGCGGGUUCAAUUCUUGAAGGUGAAGAUUUUGAAGACAUCGAGAUGAAAGAGGUCAAGGAAGAGGUGAAAGUGCAGACUGUAUCAACUCCACAGGUCAUCACUAUGCCAGCUCCAGUCCAACGGCAGAUAAUUGUUACACCUAAUAAUCCGCAACCAGUUCUGUUGUCGCCUGGCGGUUCAGGAGGUCAACAGUUGACGACUCAAACAACAGCUACCAUUAAGACGGAUACUGGAUAUCAAACAGUUCCAAUCAUUCUUCAACAAAACCAACUUCAAAUCCAAAAGGCUGCUCCAGUUCUGCAACCCGCUGUACAACAACCUACUCAAUACAUAUUGGCAACAAACCCACAAGGUCAAACUUAUGUUGUAGCUCAACAACCACAACAGCAGCAACAACUACAGCAGACGGUUUUGUUGACCCAAAAUCCGCAACAUGGAACUCAACAGAAAACAAUUAUAAUACUGCAGCAGCAACCAAACCCUGCUGGUAACCCUCAAGCCCAAACGCAGCAAAUCGUACAAACGCAAUCGCCGGCUCCACAAAAGGUAUUCGUUAAUCAGCAAGGUCAGCAGAUCAUUAUGACCCAGGUCCCUAGACAAGUUCAACACCAGGUAAUUGUUAACCAUCCACCGAAGAAUCCAUCGAAGGCCCCAAAGGCCCAGACGGCCCUGAAAUCGGCUGGUAAAAUUGUUGAAAAGAAACCUAUUUAUAUCACUACUAAUCAACAGGGAAAUACGAUAAGCCUCGAAGGUCCGUCGCAACAGAUCCUGAAAACGAAUCAACAGGCGCAGAUUAUUCAAACUCACAUUGGUCAGCAGCAGCAGCAGCAAAGCAGUACGGCGCAGCAAAUUCAGCAGAUUAUUCAACAAAGCGGAUCACAAACAAUUCAAAUUAUUCCCCAACCUCCCGUCAGCGCUCCCCAAUCACAACAGUUGGUCAUUCAGCAAGCACAAACUCAACCAUCGCAAGUUCUUAUUCAGGCACAACAAUCUUCCCAGCAGCUUAAACCGCAAAUAAUCUCGCAACAAAUCAUUCAACCAGCAACUCAGCAGCCCCAAAUAGUACAGAAAGUAAUCCAACAAAAACCAGCCCAAAAACAAUCUCAAACCUCUAAACAAUCUAACGCGUCAGCAACCUCAGCUCAAAUAGGUUCUCUUCCUACUAAAACAAUCAUUGUUCAACAACAAACUACAGCUUCUGGAACACCUCAAAAGCAAAUAAUUCAAGUAGUUCAACAGAAACUUUCCUCUCCACAUACAACUCCUAAAACUGUUGCUAAACCUAUCACAUCUCAGACAAAAUCAAAACAAGAAAAAAAUUCUGAACCAGCAUCCGCCUUUUUACCUACGACAACAACCCCCGCGCAAACAAUCAAUAGUCCGGCUUCUGUUCCAACCACAGUAGAAUCUACCAAAGCAAACGCUGAACCAGACUCGACUUCGACCUCUUCAACAGUAAAUGCUCCCUCUCCCAGUAUUUCUCCCCCUGGCACCAUUCAACCGCCAGGACCAACGACCAUUCCCGUAGUCGGUACCAACAGCUCGAUCCAGAUGAUACCGGCUAUGGACCCGGCCAAGGCCAUCGACGAGGAUGUCGAGCUGAGCUGGCCGUGGGUGUGCGACUGGCGCGGCUGUCCCCGGAAGCGGUAUGCUUCGGCCAACGAGGUGUAUCUGCAUGCCUGCGCCGUUCACUGCCCGAAAUCCGUCGAAUCGACUGCCGACAUCUACUGUCAGUGGGGCCCAGGACCUAACCUGUGCGACAACAUUCCUCGCAAGAGGUUCUCGCUGAUGACCCACAUCUUCGAUCGGCACUGCACCAGUGAGUCUUUUAAAUCUGCCGUUCAACGACGGCUGUCCAAUGCGGCAUCCGGAACCCAAACGCCUCAGCAAGCGUACCCGGUUUCGCUAGUUCGACAAACAACUACGGCAGGUCAACCAACGCCUCCAACCCAAACUGGAGGAAGUACGGCGACGCCGGUUGCCUCGAACGGAACAGUACCGGUCCCGGCGGCAAUGUCACCAUCGUCCGUGAAUGGUGCCGCCGACAGUGGACCGCCUGGUCUAGCGCUAGCCGGCCCUGCAGCCUUGCAUGCCAUCAAACGACACGCUAUCGACUGGGCCAACGCCAAGGAGUGUCAGGAUGAUAUCGAGGGUCCGGUCACCAAGAGUAUUCGUUUAACGUCAGCUUUGAUCUUGAGAAAUUUAGUUGUGUACAACAAUACUGCUCGAAGGAACCUACGUGCUUACGAACCGCAUCUGGCAGGGGUUGCGAUGAAUAAUGUUGAGUCAAGCCGCACUAUCGCGCAGGUAUUGUUCGAGAUGAACGAUGCCCAGCCAAACUAUUAAACAACAGGAGAACUGGUAGAAUAGUGACGUACCAAAUCUCGGACAAGUUAAUCAAAAGUGUGAAGUGUCCGUCAUUAUAAGGUAAAGAAAAAAAAAUCAAAUGCCUGAAUAUCGAUGAAAAUAAUUUUAGAAAUUCGACAAAAAUCUUUAACAGACAUUCACGGAAUGCAAUGCUGCAUUUAUUUUAUUUUUGUGAUUUCUAUGUUUGUUAAAAUUGUGACUAUAUACCAUAACAGAACGAAGAUCACUCUAAAAAUACACACCUAUAUUGAAUAA